AUGGAGAGCGGAACUCGCAGCUUGCUCUCGGCAAGCGUAGACCGCAUCGCCGACGACGUCUCGUCUGGACCUGAUGAGCCAGACACGAGCAGGAAAGACUCGGCUCACAGCUUGAGCGACACAGAUCUGAUGAAGUCGGCGCCAAAGAAGAAGGCGACCGUAAAGGAGUCUCUCGUGGUCGUGUUCAACUUCGACGAUCCCGCUAACCUGGCGAGGGCGAUUGGGGACACAAGAAGGCUCCAGGGGUUGCUCGGCCAAGCCGAACGAGGAGGUACGAGCGAUGGGACGUCAUGA